AUGGUCUCGAGCCGAACUCGAGCUGGGCUCGAAAUCAGAAAAACAGUUCGAGUCGAUCUCGAGCCCAGCUCGAAAUCGAAAAAAGGUCUCGAGCCGAACUCGAGUCCAGGCUCGACUCGAGCUCGAUCUUUGAGCACCUCGAGUCGAGUCGAGCCCUGCCAAGUAUAUGCUACACUAUCUGUUUGUAUUUCAUGUUCUAAUAAUACUUGA